GACGACUAGCUGAACCCUACAUACGUGUUUGAUAUUAUAGAAAAAAUCAUUUUUAUAUUUGAUUUACACUGUAAAGAACACAAGUUUAUUGUACAAUAAAUUUCUCAAUAUACGCUGCAGACAUUUAAGUGUUUUUCGUUGCCGCAAAGUGUGUCGUAAAAGUGCCUAAAACUGCCGUCGUUGGUCUUCAAAAGAGAACAUGGCGAGGCUAACUAAAGUCUAUAAUACUGAAGAUGAUGAUUCUAGUUAUGUAGGCAGAAGGCAUUUGCCUUUGGUAGCAGGCGAUAAGCUAAUGAUGCUAAUGGACCUGAACAGCAAAGGACUUGUCAUCGAUAGCCCACAAAUACGAGGCCGUGAACUGGAGGAAUUCUCACGUAAAUUCAACCUGCUCACAGAGACGGAACGCAAGCAAUCCCUCGAGAUCGAUAGCAGCAGUUUUAUCUCGGUGCUUAAUCAGUGCGUUCAAUGCGUUGGUUGUCGCCGACGUGUGGAACGUUUAUUUUACCAGCUAACUGAAUCCGGACAUCGAACACUUGAUCCUCUAGAGCUCCGAUCCAGCUGUACACUGGGCAUUACGGAGGAGAAGCUGAAAACGCCGCAAGCGCUGGGCACAUUGCUCUAUCGACAUCACGAGGUGCUCAACAAUCUGCUGGACAAUAAGCUGCGAAAUAAGACGCGCUGUGUGCUGCACUCGCUGGACACGUUCAGAGCGAAACCGUUCUCAGAGACGUGGCGCGAAGUGUGGUCGGCGAUGAGCCGCAAUUGCCGCACCGAGGUGACCAUCAUUGAGACCAAGGAACUGCACGAAGUGCUCGACAAGUAUCUGAAGAAGCACAAGUUUUGUGCCGGCUGUCGAACAAAGAUUGAGCGUGCCUAUAAAAUACUCAUUGGCGAGGUAUCCACCAAGGAGAAAGGCUAUGCGGCGCAGCUAUAUGCGCACAUACGGAAAUGUGUGCCUGACGAGCACAUCCAUGUCAGCAUGAACAAAAUUGAGUUCCUUGAUGCGUUGAUUAAACGCGCCGAGCCUGAGGUAAAUGGCAGCUAUUCAAAACUUCGCGAACGCCAUGCCAAAACGCUGGAGAUCGCUCAGGAGGAGGUGCUUACGUGUGUGGGCAUGAUUAUGUAUGAACGGCUGCGUCGCAUUUAUGUCAGCUUACGCGAGGAGGAGCGUGCCUGCCAAGUGCUGGCCGCUGUUGGUGUGCAUGCGCUCUGUCGCAGCUUUCAUGAACGUGUCGAGCAGAAGCAGGGAAUUAGCAACCUGGAACUGUUGUAUCAGGAGAUCAGUCGUGCCGAGAAGGCCAAGGAGCUGAAGCGUGAGCAGAAGAAGCUGAAAAAGAAGAAGAAGAAGGAUGAGAAAAAGAACAUGCAUCGUCAUCUGUGCGACAACAACAACGAUGAUAAUAAUGCGAUCGACGCUGCCGAAUCGGAUGAUGAUGACGAGGAGGAGGAAGAGGAGGCGUUGGAGGCUGAGGUUGAAGCGGAUGCUGAUACAGUAGACGAUGGCAUUGUUAUUGUGUGUGCCGCCGAUACCGAUGUGGACCUUGAAGUCAAGCCGACAACAUCAACGCCAACGCCAAGUGACAAACCAACGAAAUCGAAAUCAAAAUCGAAAUCGAAGAAGCAACCGAAGAAGAAGAAACAAAAAUCUGCAAGCAACAAUUCUAAUAAUAAGAAUCCCGACAAGUUGUGCACUUACGACGUGGACCUGGAUAUCGCAGCAAGUAGGAGUAGUUGCCACGACUUGUCCAAGGCUGGCAAGUGUAACGACUGUUUGGCACCCAUGCCCAACUGUCCCUGCGAGCAGGAUGUGCGUGAUUCGGGCUAUGGCAGCGAUCCACCAACAUCGCAUGCCAAUUCUCGAAUUUCCAGCGCCAUCUCGUCGCCGGAGGGUUCGGAAGUAUCGUGCUCGGAUGGUCUAUGCAAUCACGAUGGGCUGCUACUGGAUGAGGAGCAAAGCGUGGCAGAUGUUGCGGCACGCAACAGCUACGUGUCAGAUUUGCUCUACGGUCAGCAGAUGCAAAUGGACCACAAGUUCUCAUUGCUGCAGAUGUGGGACGACUUUGACGACUACGAUAAAGACGACGAAAACUGUUGUUACAUUCCCCAAGAGGUGGUGCUGGCUUAUCAAUACCAGCGCGAGCAAGUGCAGCGUCAGCGCGAACAGCUGCGUGCCACAUUACGCCAAAACUUUGAGCGCUUGUGUUUGCAGCGUGGCGUUCAUGUCGCGACCACCGCAAAUGCCACCGCCACCUCGACUGGCCAUUAAUUUUUGCAUUAAAAAACCGUUGUAGUUAUUCAGUCGCGCGUUUGCGGUUUCAAAGAAUCCACGCGCAUGCAUUCAAAAUACAUACAUAUAAUUUUUUUGGUUUUUGAAAUAAAUGAAGUAUAAAGUUAUGCUUAUUAAUAAUGUUA